AUGUACAACAGUAACGACGAUGAAGAGGAGAACUACUCGAGGAAUAGAAGAAGCAACUCAUCAGAUAGUGGGAACGGGGAUGGAAAUGGAAUGCUAAACGACCCAAUGAACACAUAUAACCAUUACAAUAACUUUAAUCGGUUUCACGAACAAAAUAUGCAGGCAUGUAAAAUUGACGAAAUUUAUGUAGACGAUAGUUAUGAUGAAAAUAAUAAUUACGUUCAGAAAGGAGACAACCAAAACGACAAUAACCAUUUUGAAAUAAAUAAAAAUGUAAAUUUCGAUGGACCAUACAGUUAUAAAAAUUUGAGGGACGUUACGGAAAAUGAAAUUGAAUUAGUGGUGGAAAAUUUUUUCGAUCGAAUUAGAAAUAAUGAAGAUGUGUACUCAGAAUGGAAAGUAUGUCCCAAUUUUAUUUUUCGACUUUUAUUUAUUGCAAAGUCGAGGUCCCAUAAUUAUAUGUACCCAGUGGCAUCAUCCUUCAUUGAAGCCAUCGCCAAGGAUGACUGGGUUCCUGAUUGGGGAUUCAGUAGUGUACAGUAUUAUAUAAUUCUAAUCAAUUUAGCAGAUUAUAGAAAAUCCUAUUACAAAAUCGAUCACUUUAGUUUUUCUCAUUUGAAUACUGACCGAGGCUGGCACAAUUUUGUUCCCUUUGAAAAAUUAAGGGAACCAGGAUUUAUUAACGAAAAUGGGCAAAUCGUUUUAAGGGCCGGAGUCUUCCCUUUCGGUUCAGAAUCUUUUAAAAACAGCAGAGAUAUAAACUAUGAUAGUAAAUCUAGGACAGGAUUUGUUGGUCUCCAAAAUCAUGGAGCCACGUGCUAUAUGAAUGCCCUUCUACAACUCCUGUAUCAUAUUAACAUUUUUCGAAAAGCUGUUUGUAUGAUGAUUUUUAACAUUGAGAAUAUUAUUGGUGAGAAAACUUUAGAGUUUUUUAAAAAAAAAUUUGAAAAAAAAAAACGAAAGAAAAAGUUGUGCCUCAGUAGUGACAAGAGUUGCACCACACAGAUGAUAGCUCAAGGUGGGGACGUGGACUCCAAAAACGAGAAAAAUCGAAAAAAGAAAAAGACCAAGUUUGAACAAGUAGACAGUUCCGAUUCGGAACGCUUCAAGGGGGCAUCCCUCAUGAAGAUGGUCCCCUACACACCUAGUGAUAACAACGGGGAGGAAGGUAAUCCUGAUGGGGAUGGUGAUAUCCGCCAGGGGGACGAACACAAACGGGAUGGGGAUCAGCAUGAUAUUCGAAUCCAAGGUAGAGCCUUUGGAGAAUUGGAUGUCAUGCCAAACCCUAAUGAAUCCCACUUGUACGAAAUGACAAAACAUAAUCACAAUAUUCGAGUAAAGAAUGACAUGAAGAAUGCCGACCUACACAUAAAUCAUCUAAGCAGGAGCGACAACAAUGAUAAUGGCAGUAGCUGUACUGGUCAGCUUAGGCACUCGCAUGAAGACCCCCCUUUGGGAGCACCACAUAAUGCGGCCCUAGGGGAUGGGUCGUCCCCCUUCAGUGGGUCCCCUCUGAUGGAACGUCCAUAUGACCACCUCCAUCAAGUCCAACCGGAUAAAGUAGAAAACGUAAAAGAGAAAAAAAACAUGAGCGAAUAUCAACAGACGUACGCUCCCCAUGAACAGUUAAGCAACAACGAUGGGGAAGAAACACAGGAAGGGUCAACAUAUCGACCCGGCAAUGUUGUAAAUAUUGGUCGAAUCAACAGUAACGACAUUUCCAAAAUUUCACACAUGCCUAGUGUCGGGGCGCAGGAGUACGAAAUAAAGAAUAAUAAAAAGCAUGCCUAUGUGCACAAUUCGUCGUCUGACCCAUCCAUAGACACAGGAGGGGUGCAAAAUAAUGUGAGCAACAACGAUAGCGGUGAGGUGUACUAUGAUAAUUCUUUGUACAAAAGCGAAGGGUACAACAAUGAAAUGGGCAUGACAAUGAAUUGUAAGAAGAACAAGAAAAAAGGCAUGGUGUACGAUUCGAAGAAGAAUUUAAAAAAAAAAAAAAAAAUUUUCAAAUAUGCAAAUGACAGAAAAGUGGACCAAACGGAAAAUAACGAUCAUGUCAUGUCUCCCUUUAGCUCCUCCGAUAAUUUAUCCAACAUUUCUACCUUGUCCAAGGAGAAGAAGAAAAAGAAGUUUGCAUCUAACAACAGUUUUCAUUUAACGUCAUGUGGUAACGUGAAGAAGGAAAAUGAUAGCUCAAUGAAGAAUGCCAUGGGUCACUCCGAAGGGGAAGAGGGCCCCAUACCGCGGGAUGGAGAAUCUUCCCCCUUGGGUGGCUUCCAUGGCUCUAGUGCAGAAGCGGAUGGAGACGUGGAUGCUGACUCUGGUGCAGAUAAUCACCACCAUCAGAGAAGUGGUGUCCUGCGGGGAGACGAGGACGCCUCCUACUCAGACAGCGACAUGUCAGUCCUGUCCAUCACUUCCUCCGGGUCAUCGUCCUACGUGUCCUGCUCCUCGACCUCCUCCUCCUAUUACCACAAAAAUAAAAGGAAAACAAAAUAUGAUAAGUCGAAAGAAAUAGAUUACAAGAACAUCCUCCUGGAGGAAGAAAACGAAAAGAAAAAUAUCCUCCCAACAUCAUUGGCGUUACAAAAUUUGUUUUACAAGUUACAUUGCAUGAAUGAAGCUGUGUCAUGUAAAGAGCUCAUAAGAUCCUUUGGAUGGGAUGCAAGUGAUGUGUUCACGCAACAGGACACACACGAGUUGUUAAAAUUGUUACUAGAUAAGGUGGAAGAACAAAUGAAAGGAACGGUAGUCGAAGGGUCAGUGAAAAAAAUGUUCGAAGGAGAAGUAGAAACUUAUAUAGAAUGUUUAGACAUAGAUUAUAAAAGUGUGAGAAAAGAAACCUACGAAGAUAUUCAGCUGGACGUACAAGGCUGCAACAAUAUUUAUGAAUCUCUGGAUAAAGCAAUCGAGGCAGAAGUUUUGGAGGGAGAUAAUAUUUACGAAACAGAUGGCUAUGGAAAACAAAAAGCCAAAAAAGGCAUGAGGUUUUUGAGCUUCCCCAAUAUUUGUAUAUUUCUCCUGAAAAGAUUUACAUUCGAUUUGCAACGGAUGGAAACGGUGAAGUUGAAUAAUCGAUUCGAAUUUUAUAAAGAGUUGGAUCUGUCGAAAUAUUGCAAAAGUGGAGGACAGUAUAUUUUACAGGCCGUAUCAGUGCACCAAGGGAAUAUGAAUAGUGGGCACUACUACUCCUUUAGUUAUAAGCACAAUGAAAAUUUUUGGCUCAAAUGUGAUGAUGAUAAAAUAUUUCGGGUCAGUGAAUACUCCGUCAUUAAUGACAACUUUGGUGGGUACGACAUUAACAUGGAAACUGAUCUCUACGACUUCGAUAUCGCAGAUAAAAUUAAGCAGAGGAUGAAACAUUACAGCGCCUAUAUGCUGGUCUAUGUAAAAAAAUCUCUCAUCCCCAAACUUAUUAAAGAGUGUGAUCCAGCGGUGGUCAACCCACAGGUUGUGAAAAGAUGCAGAAUGGAAGAAAUUAUCAACAGAAGGAGGACAAAAUUGAAACAAGAAAUUUUACAAUACGUAAAAAUUAGAGUAUUCGACAAGUACUCCUAUUUGUACAAGUCGUUCAGUGACUUACCCCCAGUAGGAAUCCCCUCCCUCUUCAACAUCAAAUUUGAUAGAAACAAAACCGUCUUGGAAACCUUCUGUAAAAUUUUGAAAAUCAUAAAGAAAAUUUAUCUCUGCAAGAGGAAGAAGCGUGCGGAUUAUUUGCUUUGCCAGUCUAGGAAGAUGAAGAUGGAAAAGACGGAGAAGGUGGAGAACGAGUCGAAGCAGAGGGACAGUCGUCCCAUGGGGGACCAUACUACAUCCGGGCUACUCAAAUCGGAAGCCUCAUUAGACUGCGGCCACCCCUACCGUCAAGCUCUCCUGGGAAAAAAAUUCGACCGAGGGAGCACUACCAAGGAAGAACGUGAUAAUAUAGCGGGAGCGACAUCCAGCCGAAGCGACCGCGGAAGCAGCGAUGGAAAUGGACGCCAUCAACCCGCACACGCAAAAUUAAAGGAGCAAAAAACGCACGAAAAGAAGUGGAACGAAUGCAUCCAGGAGAAGGGCCCUCGAAGGGAUGCGUCAAAAAAAGGGGUGAGCAAACGCGGAUUGAACGCAGAGUGUACUACCCCCGAAGAGGGACCUGGCGACCUAAAUGACGAGUGUGACAACCACUCGGAGGAGCUUCCUUCGCAGAGCUGUGAUGUGGAGGAUUCCUUAUCUACCGUGUCUUCAGUCCCCUCAUGUUGCAGCACCAAGUCAAUAGAUAAAUACAUAAAAUAUUUAUCCAAGAGGAAGAAUGAAAGGGUGAAAAAGAGAUCGUCCCAUGUGAACAACUCUAGAAUGAAAAAUUUUUCUUCUUCAAAUAAUUCGUCAUACUACUCCUCUUCGUAUAUGUCCAACUCGGGGGAAGACUCCUACUCCUCCGCCUCUUCCUCCUCAUCGAAUGGUUAUGUAAAAGAGAAAAAAUGUUUCUACGUGUUGCUGCCCACCAAUGAUGUGUACCGCUACUUCCCCUUAGACAUGAAAAUCAACAGUCAGCUGUACCUCUACGAACUUCUAAAAAAAACGAACAAAGAAUCGAAUGACCUAUUCCCAACCAUAGACAUAUUAUAUUUGCCCUAUAAUAAAAAAACGUCCAUUCGAAAAAAUAAUUCGAGCACAAAAAAUAAAAACGUUUUGUUUUUUUUUAAAUAUUUUGAUAUUUACGCCGAAGAAAAAAUAGGUGAUACGUCCCUCAUCUGUCUGGACCUCAUGUACUGCGAUGUGUACCUCAAGCCCAAGGAGUUAGAAUCAGUGAUUAUUCAAAAAAUAUUAAAGGCAAUGAAAAAAGGUUACAUUACCAGCUAUAAUUAUGACCUGUGGCGGAAUUAUCUCAAUGAGGAGGAAGAAUACUACUACGUAGAUGAUCCUCUGAAUUUCAAAAUUUUCAUUGAAUAUAAAAAUAAGUGUAACUUAAUAAAGUCAAAAAAAAUUAUUGCUCACAAUAAAAUGGUUCCGGGGGACAUCCUCAUCUUUAACUUUUUAAGUAACGCAGAAUUGGAAAAGAAGAAAAAUUUUAUCCUUCGCUUAGGCACAAGGAAGGAGGACCUUUUUCUUACCGAGGAGAAUCUAGUUACCUAUGAUCUGUUUUUUAAUGCUGAUGUGUUGAGUAAAAUUUUGUACAGGAAGAAAAAACUCAUUGAAAAAAUGCACAACUGCUAUUACAUUGUUAGUAAUAAAAAUGGCGUCUACUACAAGGUGUUGUCUUCCUGCGUGUCGGAUUCCGGUGACUGUGCCUUCCCAGCCAUGUCAAGCACCGCAAUUUCUAACCCGAACGGGGAUCCCACUGGUGGAGAACCUUCCCAAAAGGACCAUCUUAAUGAUGAAUAUUUUAUGAAUGAAUCGAAUUCAAAUUUGAGGAAGAAAAAGAUGAAAAAGGAAACGGCAUCCGAAGUGCCGGUCCCACUGGAUGCUAACAUCGAUCUUGCCUCUCCUGGUCGUAUGCAGCAAGGGAAUUUGUUCGCCUACGGGGAGGAAAAGAAUGGUGCGAACGCUUCUCCAGACAACGAAGAGGCAGAAGAAGAGGAACACUCACGCAAGACUCAACUAGGAUGUGACAGAACGAAAGGCAGCAGCUCCCGCUUGGGCCAAAAGGACGGAGUCAACCCAGCGCUCCAUGCACAGCAUGAAGAAGAUGCAAAGCACACACACCGUGCGGAACCCCACCUGCCGAUGAACACAGACCACCAUAUGAAAGACAACACACACGUAAUGGACGAACACAUGGAUGUUGAAAACGAAAACUUCAGUGCACUAAAUAUUACGAAAGAAAAUCUGAGCAGCCAGGAAGUGAUGAACCUUUAUCUUUACCUGAAAAAGUUCAACACCAAAUUUGAGAAAAACGGAAUGAACUACGACUACUCCUUGCUAAGUAAAGACAUGUUGGUGUCCGUGAACGAAGCAGCCGCUAGUAACAAAAAAAUAAUUUUUAAAAAGAAGAAAAAGCACCCGCCUAACAUUUUCAACAAUGAGUGUGUAAAUAUUUGUAGAGAUUACCAGUACCCAUUUUACUCUCCUCCCACUUCGGAUCUCUCAACGGAUGACGAAAAAAGAGUGCCUCAAAAAGGUAUACAAAGGGAACAAGUCAAAAGGAAGAAGAAAAAAAACAACCACGACGAGGCUGUGAUGGGUGUUUCUAUGCAAAAUAUAAAUUACACCAGUGGAUAUUAUCAAACCGGGGUAACCCACAUGGAAAUUAACACAGCUAAAAAUGAAGACAGUCAAGCGAACGAAUUAGUGUAUAAAUGCAACUCCAAUAACAUCAACGCGUUAGGAGAAAAAGCAACACACGUGAAAAACACCUCCGCGAUGAGCAACAGUGAUCUUAAAAAUGAUUAUGGACACAAUAGCAACCUGCGAUUACCCAGCGUAAACUUUAAUUCUUCUAACGAAAAUAACAUUUCAAAUGACCUAAUCGCCAGGAAUGACUCCGAAAUAUCGUUCUGUUCCUCGGCCAACUCAGACCUAACAUACACCUCGGAGAGCACAGCCUACUACAUGUUCAACGCGGAGGAGUCAUUAGAAUCUAUUUACACCAACGAAAUAUAUGAUCAUAAGAAGAAGCGAAAGAAAAAGAAGAAGAAAAAAAAAAAAAAAAAAAAAUAG